AUGAAGUACGCAUCUGUCCUUGCCUUUGGGGUGCUGGCAGUCGCGCAGCUGGAGCCCUCUUGUGAGAGUGUCGUUACCGAAACCGCGUAUGCGACCUACUACUAUUGUCCAUGCUCGUCGACUUCAUCCCUCGCUUCGACGUUGCUGUCCUCGUCCUCGAGCACCACGCCUGGCGGCAAUGGUGUGGACCCGACCUUGACCGGUACACAGACAACGAGCACCACACCAGGCGGCAAUGGUGUCGACCCGACCUUGACCGGCACGCAGACGACGAGCACUGCCUCAGUCGAUUCCUCCGUCUCUACAUCCACGACCGUGUCCGUAUCCGUAUCCGCUUCUUCGGACUCCUCGGCCUCCCCUAUCACCGAGUCCAGUACCUCGUCAAGUCAAAUCUCUAUCGCUGAUCCGCCAUUGACGAGCGUGAGCCUUUCCUCUACCACAGCGCCUCCUCCAGGACAGAGCACGGUCUCCGUCAGCACCACCAGCCAGGCACCUGCAUCCACAGUCGGGCCAGCUGGCACCACGCAAACCAUUUCAUUGAGCACGCUUGGAGACUAUCAAUCUCGUGCACUAUUCUCGCACAACCUUCAUCGUGCCAAUGCGACUCUUGCCCCGCUCGUAUGGAACGCGACCCAGGCUUUGUAUGCCCAACAACUGGCCCAGACAUGCGUCUACGGCCACAGCAAUGCCCAAGGAGAUGGCAACUACGGCCAGAAUAUCGGAGCCGGUUUCACUGCAGAGCAGAUCCCUGUCAUGAUCACUAACAGCAUGUACAACAUGGAGAUCAACAACUACCCAGGCCCAUACGGCUCGGACAAUAUCCCAUUCACUCUUGACAGCUUCCGCGGAUGGGGCCAUUACUCGCAGAUCGUUUGGCGCGACACGACCUCCGUUGGUUGCUACACUCAGCGCUGUGACGGCGGACUGGCCAACACCGGCGGCAAUAUACCUCCGCUGUUUACCGUGUGCAACUACUGGCCACCCGGAAACGUCCAAGGCCAGUGGAGCAGGGUGGGAACGCCGUCAGGCGGCGCGAGUGUGCAAUUCAUCCAGUAA